AUUAAGUGAUCAACAUUUGUGUUCAAAUGUAACUAAGUUGUUGACAUUGACAUCUGACAUUUAUUAUUCAAAUAAUAUAAACAUUCAACAAGUGUAUUUAAUAUUGCGGUUUCGUUUUUCACAUAUCUUUGUUAAUUUUUAUGCCAUUCUAAACCCAAGUAAUGCUAUUACAGUUUUUCGUGAAUACAGUAUAACAUUUUAAGACAUAAACAAUAUUUAAAAGCUAAUAAGCAUUUUUACAACUCUUAAUCUUUUAUUCAUAUCAUUACGUAGGUAUUCACCAAAAGUUUGGGUAAAACAGUAAAUUCGUUCUGACCUUGAGAAUUGUCAUUAUCAUAAAGUAUUGUUAAAUAUUAAGCAUUCCGUGAGUGUUCGUGAAACGGUUUAGUUGUGUAUUAUAAUUUUAAAGAGACGAAAUGGCAGCAGGCGCGCUUAGUAAAACAACAAAAACAACUGCUAGUCUAUUACAAUGUACGAAAAAGAUAGCAAGUCGCACAUUCACAACACAGCUAAACGAAAAGCAGAAAGAAGUACAGGAUCUCAUCAGGAACUUCAGUAAUGAGCACCUUAAACCACAUGCAGCUCAGCUUGAUCGGCAAGGAAGGUUCCCGUUCGAACAGGUAAAGAGGCUCACGGACCUCGGAUUUAUGGGCGCGUGCGUCGACCCUGAGUACGGAGGUCUCGGCCACGACUACCUCUCGCUAGCAGUGGCUGUGGAAGAGAUCUCCCGGGGAUGUGCCAGCACUGGCAUGCUGCUAUCGAUACAUAACUUCCUUUUCGCGAACCUGGUUAAUGAGAAGGGUACUCCGGAGCAGAAGGAGGUGUUCCUCAGGGACUUUACUAAAGGUUCCAUCGGGUGUUUUGCGUUGAGCGAGCCAGAUGCAGGAAGUGACGUGGCGAACAUCAGAACUACAGCUACCCGAGAUGGCGACCACUGGAUCCUGAACGGCAAAAAGAGUUGGGUCACUUCCGCCGUUGAGGGCUCCGCCACCGUUGUGUUCGCGACCUUUGACCCCGAAUUGAAACAUAAGGGGAUCGCGUGUUUUUUGGUGCCACUGGACUACGAGGGCGUAUUUCGGGGCAAGAAGGAGCCGAUUAUGGGUGUCAGUGUGUGUGACAGAGCCGCGACGGCUUGCGACCUCACGCUGGAGGAGGUGAGGGUGCCGGCCAGCUACCUGGUGGGGCAGCCAGGGGAAGGGUUUAAGAUCGCGAUGGGGCAGCUGGAUCAGGGCAGGAUUGGGAUCGCCGCACACGCUGUAGGAAUCGCCCAAGCGGCACUGGACACUGCCAUAAACUACGCCAAGGAGAGAGUUGCCUUCGGCAAAAAUUUGACCAGGUUACCGUCUGUUAAAGAUAGACUAACAGACAUGUGCAUAAAGGUGGAAACUGCCCGUCUGCUAACGUACCGUGCCGCCUCAGACGUGUGUACCAAAAAUAGUGCAAUGGCCAAGUACGUGUCGGGUCGGAACGCGGCCGCCGUGGCCGACCACUGCGUGCAGAUACUGGGCGGCAGGGGGAUCUCCACUAAAUAUGACGCUGAGAGACACUUUAGAGAUGCACGAGGCACACAAAUCUACGGCGGCGUGACGGACAUACAGAAGCGUCUCGUCGGGCAUUUCUUGCUCAAGGAACAUAACGCACUGUGAUACGAACAUUUUUAAUGUUGUUUCCAUAAUAAAUAGCAAAUAAACGUAACAUAUACUGGACAGAUAUUAAUGUCAUGUUGUUAUGGAAGUAAUAAUUAAUAAAGUUAAUUAAUUAAUAAUUAUGGAUGGUUUGCGCACGAAUUUAUGAAAUUUUUAAUAUAGUUCAACCCUGUUAAACCGACUUAAAGUUGUAUAAUAAGAAAUCGUUAUAAAAACUAAAUUCCGAAUUUAACAUAUUACAAAUUCUCGCUUAAUUAUAAACUUCGCUUGGUUUUGAGCUAUUUGGUUCUGUUUUGGUGCUCUGAGAAAGGAAGGCGCCAUUUUUUUGUUAAAAAUUUAAUUUCAGUCUAUAAUGUUACUGUAUUGAGGCUGACAUGCAUUUUCUAGAAUAAGUGCAAGUGUACUUAUCGCAUUCCAUUAUUUAAAUUGGUUCAUCUAACGAUAUUUAUUAAAAAAAUCAUUUUAUAAUUAUUUAUUAUUAUAGAGCUCGAAAUAUAAUAGCAAAGAUCAAAUAAAUACUAAUCAUCGUUGAUAAAUUUAUGUCUGUUUUGUUUCAUUGUUUAAACUCACAGUUGCAAACUCAUAUAAACAGUAUUUGUACUAAAAUAUAGCUAAGACAGAUAGAACAAAAGUAAAUAGUAAAUUGUAAGAAUUUUUAAUUAUAUCAUACUUUUUUUUUAAUAAAAUAGAUUCGAAGUCGUUGAAUAUCGAAAUGGUGUAAACAACAUUUUUAAAUAUAGAUUUACUUUUCAGCUUGCAUUUUAUCAAAUGAUGUAUUACUUCGUAUAUAUAUUGUAAUAUCGUUGUAAAUUCAUACUCUUAAUUGUUUGUAGAUAAGUGUUGAUUUUAUUAAAGUUAUUUUUUGAAA